AUGAAAUGUCUAUUGCUCAGCAGAGAAGACGGGGGAGGGCCGCAUAUAGUCAGGCUUGGGACGCUGCAGGAGCGGUUGAACGCCAUCAAGUUGCUGCUAGCAGCCGGUUCCACCAUUGCCGAUUCCCGUGAUGAUUGGCUUGAUUUCGCGAACCUAUUACAAGCUCUUCUCAGAGUUGACGAUGUAUUCAUGGUCGACCUAACGCUCGAGGCACUUGCUCAUCGAAGACGGUAUCUGCAGAAGCUCGCACAAAUACAUCUCUCGGGCCAUUUCUGGCAUAGAAACGGCGUCAGACCCGACAGGGUUUUGGACGAGCAGGCGUUUGAAGUGGUGCAUGCACUUUCCAUGGCCGGGGUCAACAUUCCCCACGCUUGUACUACUCCUAAGGAGCAACAGACGAUAUGGCAUGGUGACUUGGCGCCAAUCGAUGUGGCCCUGGCACAGAAACUUUUUGAUGCCGGUUUUCGAAACGUCGAUGGACACGAUCGCCUAGGCCAUACUCCUUUGACAUCUUUCACGAAAUGGGCUGCUUUCGCCACGGACGAAGACAUGAAACUUGCUGAGUGGUUUUACAACCAUGGUGCUGACUUACUUUGCGAUUAUCCUCCUUGCAGCGGCAAUUGCACAAAUCAAGCUGAGCAUCAAAGACCACCGCAGCUGAAGGCAAUUCAUUCCUUGGCUUGUGUAUUGGGAGAACACUACAACCCUACAGAGCCCAUACAGCAUUCAGAUUUUCUGGCUACCAUCUUGAGCUCCAGCGUUACCGACGGGUGUGCCUGUGCUUGUUCCGAGCAAGGAUGUGUGCCCGGUGUAAAUUUUCUCGACCGAUAUACUCGAGGCAACUACUAUAAGAACUCAUUGUUCUGUCUGGCGUCUCGGCUGAUGUCCUCCUACAACACCGUUUUCAUGGCAUUGAUUAGGCUGUCGACCUUCGAAGCACUGGACUUGACACAUACCUGUUGUCGGCAUGGUUGCUCGUGGUUUCGGCGCCGAUGGUACAAGUCAUGUGCGUUCUCAACCCCUUCGGACGACGAAAUCCAAGAGAUCCAACAUGAGGAACGAGAAUUGAUAUCAUUGCAUGAAGGAUUGAUGGUGGAAUUCACUGAGCGUUGGCUAGUUUGCAAGAAGAGUCCUAGGUACUUCGCGGCAAAGGUAUGGGGGCCAAGAUUGCGGGAGAUCCGCCGAAAACGUGCUCAGUUGUCGGAUGACGAGAUUGCGGGUUUCAAAAGUGUGGGCGUCACGGUGGAGACGGACGGCACGGACAUCUUGCAAGGCGUGCAAAGCGCCGACGAACGGGAAUGGGAGUAUGAAUUCAGCAGCGAAGACCAUUCCGAUGACGAAGUCCAACUCGAUGUCGAACAUCAAGCCGGCGACGAGGACCAAGCCGACGACGAGGACCAAGCCGACGACGAGGACCAAGCCGACGACGAGGACCAAGCCGACGACGAGGACCAAGCCGCCGACGAGGACCAAGCCGACGACGCGGAUCAGCUAGAUGAUGAACAAGAAGGACAACAGGACGGAGAUUCAGAUUACAACGGCCAAACUAUCGAAGGCAUUGAUGAUAUCGAGGUUGCAGAGAUUCUGACAGAAGCGGCCCGCAUCAACGGCCUCGAGGACUACGAUGUUUGGUUCAAGAUGAUCGGCAGGCCGGACCCACGGCUGGCAUCAGAGCAUAUUUGA